CCUGGCGCGGCGGCCCGUGCUCUGUCUGCGCCGCUUGGGCCAUGGCCUCUGCCGGUAGUUUGUAAAUUACCAAUCGAAGGUCCCGACGCGUCCGGCGUCCCAAUGGCGGCGUCUGCGACGGCGGCUCUGGCAGCGGCCGAUCCCCCUCCCGCGAUGCCGCAGGCGGCGGGAGCCGGAGGACCCACCGCCCGUCGAGACUUCCAUUGGCUGCGCUCCUUCCUGGCCGGAGGUAUUGCUGGAUGCUGUGCCAAAACAACAGUUGCUCCUUUGGAUCGAGUAAAGGUUUUAUUACAAGCUCAUAAUCACCAUUACAAACAUUUAGGAGUAUUUUCUACAUUAUGUGCUGUUCCCCAAAAGGAGGGAUACCUUGGAUUGUACAAAGGGAAUGGUGCAAUGAUGAUUCGAAUCUUUCCCUAUGGUGCAAUCCAGUUUAUGGCGUUUGAACAUUAUAAAACGUUAAUUACCACAAAACUGGGAGUUUCUGGUCAUGUACACAGAUUAUUGGCUGGAUCUAUGGCAGGUAUGACAGCAGUUAUCUGUACUUAUCCUCUUGAUAUGGUUAGAGUACGUCUAGCAUUCCAGGUGAAAGGGGAACACACUUAUACAGGAAUUAUUCAUGCAUUCAAGACAAUUUAUGCAAAGGAAGGCGGUUUCCUUGGAUUUUACAGAGGUUUGAUGCCUACUAUAUUAGGAAUGGCUCCAUAUGCAGGUGUUUCUUUUUUUACUUUUGGUACCUUAAAGAGUGUUGGGCUUUCCCAUGCUCCUAACCUUCUUGGCAGACCUUCAUCGGACAAUCCUAAUGUCUUGGUUUUGAAAACUCACAUAAACUUACUUUGUGGUGGUGUUGCUGGAGCUAUAGCACAGACAAUAUCCUACCCAUUUGAUGUAACUCGUCGGCGAAUGCAAUUAGGAACUGUUCUUCCAGAAUUUGAAAAGUGCCUUACCAUGCGGGAGACUAUGAAGUAUGUCUAUGGACACCAUGGAAUUCGAAAAGGAUUGUAUCGUGGUUUAUCUCUUAAUUACAUUCGCUGCAUUCCCUCUCAAGCAGUGGCUUUUACAACAUAUGAACUUAUGAAGCAGUUUUUUCACCUCAACUAAAAAAAUUGUGAUUUAUUUUCUGUAAUAAAAUCUCAGAGAGAGAAAUAAAAGUUAACUUUACUUUUGGGGGGAACAUUACUUGAAGGGGGACUUUUACCCUGUCACAUGAACCACUUGUAUUUUUAAUACUUGAUUUUUUAUUCAUCAAAAAUCAAAAAUGCUUACUAUACUUUUUGAUGCCAAAAGUUGUAUCUUAGAACAUUGAAAAAAAAUUCCUAAGCUGAUGCUGGCUAAUCAGUUAGGUUAUUUGAAACUAUUUUAAUGUGUUAUUUGGAGGUAGAAAUAGCUGCGAAAUAUUCAAGAGGUUACCAUUAGCUUUAUCAUGCUGUUCCAAGCUUUUAAUUGUUAUCAUGAUUUUCAAAGACUUAAACAUUGAUUAUUAUUAUAAUAAACAGACUUGGUUAUAUUGAGCAGAAUGAAGAGAACUGAAUUUUAAAGUUCUGCAAAACAUAGCUGAGAGGCCAGCAUUGAAGUAUUAUUCUUAUUAUCUCUCUCAUUAUUCUGUUUCAUUUGAUAAAAGGACAAACUUUUUCUCUUCAUUUUGUAAUAACAUGAAUGUUGUAUUUAAAAAGUAGUCAUGUAGUGACUGAACAACAAAUAAUGAAUUUUCAGGUAUUGCUUAAUUGUUACUACCAGGUACUAUGAAUGAUUUAAAUUGUUUUUUAAAAUUCAGUGCAUUUCCCAAAAUUAGUAAUGAAAACACUGAAUAUCUUUGCUGUCAAACCUGAUUAGCAUUAGAGAUUUGUUUUUACUAGAGGAUUUGGUAUAUACUAGAAAAUUUAUUUAAGUGGACUGUGAAAUAUCCAUUAAUAUAGAUGUGAAUGUCAAAGAAUGUUCCUAAGGUAUAUGUUAUGAUACAUCAAAUAGUUCUUCCAUGUAAAAUAAUUUUAGUGCAAUAUAAACUUAAGUAGAAAUGUAAAACAUGAUUUGAAUGGCUAUCCUUUAUAUUAAAAUGGUUUAAAAAUCUAAGAAUUCCAUGUAUUAUGUUUAGAGUACUUCUUAUAUUUUAUUAUAAGCAUGAUGGAAGUGGGAGGAGAAAAGUUAAAUCCUCAGAAAUAGUGAUUUGUAGAAUUGAUGUGUUUUAAUAACUUAGAAAACUAAGUUGAAAGUGUUAUUUUUGCUUCAGUUUUGAUUUUUUUGCAUAAAAAUUUCUUGUCAUACCUUGGUAAAAAUUACAUGAACAGGUUUCAUUUUUAAAGUCUUUAUUUUAAAAUAAAUAUGUAUCUUUAUAUGAUUUACAAGUAUACCCCCAGGUAGAAAUACAUGUUUUCCUAAAACUAUUUUGUAUAUUUUCAUUUCUGGGCUACACUCUAUCUAAUAUUGUUAUCAACUCAAAAUAAUUUAAAUGUAGUAAAUAAAUAUCUCAGUUAUGUUAUCAAUAAAGGGAUUGCAAAUAUUUUUUUAAAUAAAAAUCGACAUUCUAUGUUAUAGAAUA